AUGAUUUUCCAGGCAGUUAUGAUAGCUACUGAAGUGUUUGGUGAUAAGCAUCCAAAAUAUGCAGAUACGCUUAUUGAUUAUGGUUUCUACUUGCUCAAUGUGGAUGCCAUAAGCCAAGGUGUACAAGUAUACCAGACAGCACUUGAUGUCCGCCAAAGUGUCUUUGGUGGAAUCAACCUGCAUGUAGCCAUUGCUCAUGAAGAUCUGGCCUAUGCCUCUUAUGUUCACAACUAUGCUUUUGGCAAAUUUACACAUGCCAGAACUCAUGCUGAGAGGGCGAUUGAACUGAUGCUCCGCCUCUUGCCUCCAGAUCAUUUGUUACUCUCUUCUAGUAAGCGUGUGAAAGCACUAAUCUUAGAGGAGAUGGCUAUUGACAACCCAAAUAAGGAUGUUGAAAAGAAAUACUUGGAAGAGGCCCAUUCUCUGCACAAAGAAGCACUUGCCAUGGCCAUGCGUGCUUUUGGGGAAAUGAACGUCCAGACGGCUAAGCACUACGGCAACCUUGGCAGACUCUUCCAGUCAAUGAGGCUCUUCCAGGUUGGAGUCUGCAGUUGCUUUUUUCUCUAUUGUCCUUGUCUUUUCUUUCUCAUUGUACUUCCUUUCAUUUCAUUCCUGCCUUUUCCUCUCCUGAUCUAAUUCUUUACUUUGUAUAUGUUUAUAUAUUUUUUCUUUGUUUCUUUCUUUCUAUCUUUCUCCCUUCUUUUCUCUUCUCUUUUCUCUUUUUUCUAUAUAUUUUUUCUUUUUUUGUCUUUUCUCUUUUGUUUUCUCUUCUUUUGGGUGUCUCACUUAUUUCUUCAGAAUUUAAAAAUCUGCCUUUGACACUUUAUGUUGCAGUGUUCUUUCCACUAAAGUAAAGCAGUUGCAUAUUCAAGCUAAGUUGUGAGUUGUGGAUGGUACCUAAAGAAGCAAAAUAGCAAAACUAAUAAAAAUCAGUUUGAAGUUUUUACACUUAAAAA